AUGGGUGCUAAUUCUGUGACUGAAGUUACUUCUGCUUCCCAAACGGAGACACUCCAGCUCCCAGAUCAUUUGUUCGAAGCGUUGUAUUCUAUGCAGGUCUUCCGUAUGGGCGAGUUUUUCCUCAAGUCUGGGCAAAUGACUCCAAUCUAUAUUGAUCUUCGCAGAAUCAUGAGCCAUCCUAAAACUUUACGCUUGGCUGCUCAAAGUCUCUGUGACAUCAUUAUUUCUCAAGGAUUGAAGGUUGAUUACAUCGUUGGAGUCCCAUAUGCUGCUAUUCCUUUAGCAACAUUAGUAGCUGACAUUAUGGAUAUACCUAUGCUUAUGAAGAGAAAAGAAGUUAAAUCUUACGGAACUAAGAAAAUGAUUGAGGGUGUUUUUACAACUGGUGGACGUGCUAUUCUUAUCGAGGAUGUUGUCACAACUGGUGAGUCCAUUCGAGAAACAGCUGAGGGAAUCCGUGAGGAAGGUCUAGAGGUCGUUGACGCUAUAGCAGUUUUGGACCGCCAGCAAGGAGCAACAGUUCAACUGAAGAAAGCAGGAAUAAACUUUUAUAGUGCUCUUACAAUGGAUCUCAUCCUGGACGGUAUGAUUUCCAAAAAUGAAAUCACUAAGGAAAGAAAGUAUGAAAUUAUCGAGCAUUUGUCGAAGCCUUUCUAA